AUGAUUACACGAAUACUUGUAAUUUAUUUUAUUUUCUCAUUAUUAUUAUUGAAAAAUGUUGAGUCAAUCAGAUAUUAUAUCUACAAAAAUACUAGUUCAGAUAGAUUGGAAGCUGCCCAACAAUUAGGUGAAGAAGCAAAAAUUAGUUAUAUUAAAAGAACAAUGAAUAUUAAUGAUGAAAUGGCGAAGAGAAAUCUUUAUUUACAAGGAUUAGAAAUUUGUAAUUCAAUAGAUUCUGAUGAGGCAGUUAAAAUUCAACAACGUACAUCAAGAGAAAGUAGAUAUCGUGACUGGAGGUACCUUCAACAAAUGGGUUUAAAAGAAUUUCAGGCACAAUUUAUGACUUUACCAUUAAAAUUUAUGACUGAAAUAACACAUAUGGCAUGCUCAAAACAUGAACAACAAUUACAGUGUGGUUCUAGAUUUGAGGGACCAAUAAUGAUUGAAAAAAGAAUUGUUGAUUUGAAACAAAUAGGUAAUCACAAGAUGAUGUUUAAUAAAGAAUGUAAUGAUCCAAAUUAUGUACCAUCAAUUUACCCAUGUAUUGGUAAAUUUGUAAAGACAUGGUCAGGAAAGUGUCUCGAUAAAAUGAAUACAUAUUGGGAAGUACAAAAAGUUGUCAAUUCUGAAAUAAGUAAUAUUUAUGAGACAGCCCUUAAUACGGUAAAGGCGCUUAGUCUUAAACAUAAUGUUGAGCAUCCAUUACAAUUACAAACAUUUGUCUUCAACAAUGCUUUUAAGAAAAUAUCAAAAUUAGAAGGAAAAAAAUGUGAAAAAUUUAAAAUGAUGCGUGACUGUGUAUUACCAGCAUUAGAAAGACAAUGUGGAACUGAAGCUAAAAAUGCAAUGGAAACUGCCAUCUCUGUAGGUUAUCUAAGAACAGAACGUCAUGAACGAUUGAAUAUGGAUUUUGUUAAUUUAAAUUUUCCAACAGAUUAUAGAUGUUCAGGAUUAUAA